AUGGUCGGUCACCUUUUGAACAGGGAUCUCAAAGUAUCAAAACUCCUACUGACGUUACUGUUGGCAGCAUUGAAGAUGGAUCAUGCAAGAGUUAUUGAUACCUCACUUUUGUUCAAGUAUGAUUUCUCUGAAAGUAUCGGAAAGGUUCCAAUGCCCACUUUAGAUCAUCUCUGCAAGUCUGUUUUGGGAUAUGAAAUGCAGAAAUCUCUGGGCAGAUGUGUUCAUAAAGCUGUAGCUACAAUGAAACUUGUGCGUGCUAUAUUGGAGCACGGCGCAGACACCUCUGUUCCACUACCUGAUGAGAUGUUGAAAACGGAUGAGUCAAGACUCGUUCCAAAGAAGAAGAAAGGAUGA